UCUAUAUAUAUAUAUUAAACUUCUUCUUCUUCAAAAAUAUAUUCAAAAAUGUCUUCAAAAAAUAAAAAAAUUUGGAAUUGCAUUACUUCCAAUGGAACAGCAGGUUGUGGUUGCAGCAAGCCCAAAUUAUCAGAAAUCAUUCAGCCCAAGCCCAAGCCCAGGCCCGAACCCGAGCCCAAUGCGCACUCAUCUUCAACCUCUAAUUCAGAUUCACCAUCUCCGACGAUUAUGCCGGCGAAGAUCGUCGGAAGUGUGGCGGUGGUGAAGGAUUCCGACGAUCCGUUUGGGGAUUUCCGGCGAUCGAUGUUGCAGAUGAUAAUGGAGAAGGAGAUUUACUCCUACGAUGAUUUGAAUGAGCUUUUGAAUUGUUUUUUACAGCUGAAUUCGCCUUCUCAUCAUGAUAUUAUUCUUCAAGCUUUCAUGGAGAUCUGGAAUAAUGGCAAAAAUUAUAUCGCAAAUUGAUGCUCAAUUGCUCGAAUUCUUCGAAAAUGUUUAGACGAUAACAGGUUGGGAUAGUAGAAUGUUAUAUGACUUAUAUAUGCUUUAUAUUUUAAGUUAGUCGAAUUCUUUAAAAAUCUCAUUUCCGAAAAAUUAGUAUUCAAUAAUUAUUAUAAAUAAUAUGUUUUUUUUUUGUUUGAUA